ACGCGGGUCUGCCUCCUCGCUGUGCCCACGUGCCGCCCCCAUGGCAGCCAUCUACUCCGGGAUUUACCUGAAGCUCAAAAGCGCCAAGACUUCUUGGGAGGACAAACUCAAACUAGCCCGGUUCGCGUGGAUUUCUCACCAGUGCGUCCUGCCUAAUAAGGAGCAAGUUUUACUCGAUUGGGUAAGCCAAGCAUUGGUUUCCAACUACAACAAGAAACAUGAACUGGAGGAUGAAGUUGUUGAAAAACUCUGGGCAUAUCUUGACAAUGUUAUCCAUAGUAAAAGACUACAGGAUCUCUUAAAGAGUGGGAAGACAGUUGGUCUCAGUUUUUCAAUUGCAGAGAUCAUAAACAAAAGGUUAUCAGAGGCCUAUUCUGAGAAGACACAGCAAAACAUUGGCACUGUGCUGAGCUGCUCCAGUGGCAUCCUUUCUACUCCUUCACUCUCCAUAAUUUACACAGCAAAGUGUGAGCUUUUGGUUGAUCUCCUCAGCAAGCUGUCCAAGCUGGCAUGUCAGCAGCUGGCUUCUGAUGAUGCUGUGGGCUCACAGUUGUUUAACGUCCUCCAUCUUACUUUUGCUCAGUACCUGCUGAUCCAGAGGCAGCAAGCCAACCCAAACCGUGUGUUUGGGCGAGUGACAAGUCACUUGCUCCAGCCAUGCUUGCUCUUGAGGCAUUUGCUCACUGUGAGGAGCUGGACACAAGUGGAUGAUAACCAUGUGUGUCAGCACCUGAGCAGAGAAAUACGCGGCCAAAUAGAGACUUUGCUGCAGGCUGGGUUAUUUCAGCCUGAGCUUUUCUCAUCCUACAGAGAAGAGCUGCUGUCAGAACAGGAAUCCCAGGAGAAGAAGAAAGGAGCUUGGAAAACUCUUUUGCUACCAGUCCACACAGUGCAGACCAAGCUGGGCAGUGACUUGUGUGAACCUGCCCUCCAUGGAGCGGUUGUGGCUGGUUCGGUGUCCCUGCUGUAUAAGCUCUUUCUGGACUCGUACUGUAAGGCAGAAAACUACCUUGUGUGUUUCCACAUGCUCAGCAGGCUUUUUGGCUGUCUCAGGCUCUCUGACCUGCAAGAGGAGGGGAAGAGUGAUUUGCUUUUCCCUGUGGACUGGAGCGUGGAACUGCUUGCUUUGGAGCAGCUUCUGAGCUUGGUGCUCAGCAAUGACAUCUAUAAUGUCGCCAGUGACCGUAUCCGGCACAAGGAGGUGCAGUUUGGGUUUUACAGGAAGCUAGCACAGAUGCUGCUGACACACUCCCAAGCUUCCAUCCCUGCUUGGUUCAGGUGUCUCAAACUCCUGAUGUCAUUAAACCACCUUAUAGUAGAGCCAGACCUGGAUGACUUGGUGUCGUCAGCUUGGAUUGAUGCAGAGGCCUCUGAGCCACGUACAAAGAAGCCUCAGGAGGUUCUCAUCAGCACCAUAUUCCAGAUCUACUCCAAGCUGAGGCAGUUCCCACGGCUCUUUGAAGAGGUGCUGACAGUCAUUUGCCGGCCAGCUGUUGAUGAACUGAGGCCGCCUGUCUUCUCUGCUGGCCUGACAGCAAAGCUUCGUGAGUGCCUUCUUGAACUGCCACCCAACCAGAUUCUGGACAUUCUGUGUCUCUUCGUGGAGAAAUGCCAGACCCUUAUCAUUCCAGCUGUUGAAGGGUCAGUUGAAAUGGCCUUGAAGCUGAUGUCAGUGUGCUCGGUGCUGCAUGCCUUUCUGUUCAACAUGAGGAGCCUGGAUGAUGUCACUCCUUCCCCUGUGGUGCUUCGCACUCAGCGUUUGAUGGCAAACACACAGAAGGGAAUAAUUCAGCCACUGAUGGAGCUGCUGCAGGCUCCUAGGAGAGAGGGAGAAAAGUCAGAGCUUUGGCUAAGAAAGGCCAGUGAUGCUGCUCUCCUCCUUGUUUACACUUGGGUUGAGGUAGAUGCUCUGUUUGGUGUUAGCUGCAGUAAAUAUGUGUCUCCAUCAGCUGAAACUGCUGCUACUGAACCUGCUGCAAAGCACUGGGGCAUUUCAGCUUUUCUGCCUGGUGUGAAGGACCAGAGUUGGAGGAGAGUUAUGGAACUUGCAAGUAGUUUUGCCUCCACUAGUAAAUACUGCUUAGAACUGCUCACGUUUCAGAAAAUGAAGAUGAUGUUAAUGCAGACUGAAGCUGACCUACAGGCCUUGCAACAUGCUGCAGCUUUCAUCCUGGAGUCUGGGAGAUCUACCAUGAGCAGAGGAGAAUCUGAACCGUGGGAUGGAGAUAUCAGUGCAAUAACUGAGCUUAGCUACCCCACAGCACACUGGCACCUCGUCAUGUCCAACCUGACCAUCCUGUUGCCAUAUAUUUCCUUAAAAGAUGUUGAGUACAUUGCAAAGGUGUUUCUAGAAACGUUGAUGUUGGCUGAAGCUCAGGAAGCUGCCACGGACCAGGAGUCUUCCAUCAGCAUUGCAAAGAUAUCCCUUGGUUUCAUCCACAGCUCUCUUCUACCAGAAAUGAGGGUCCUGCACUGUGCUUUUCUGACCCAUCUUAUUCAUCAGUUUGCUAUGGUGCUGCCCACUGCUACCAGGGAUUCAGUAGAUCUGCCACUGCAGCAGCUCUCUGUGACUAAUAUUCCUUGGCAUGAAGAAAUUAUGGCUUCUUGCAAAACUGUUGACCCAUUGGAAGUACCAUCAGAAAACAAAGUGCAGAAGGAUGAGCUGAGCUUGUCUUGGAAAACACUGGAGAAAGUUGCCCAAUGUAUAGUUUUGUUAGCAAAAAAUGGCUGCCCUGUCAUCCUGAAAGAACGUCAGCUACAAAGAUGCCUGGAUUUACUAGAAAUUGUUUCUCUCCUGAAAUUAGACAGUUUUCUUCCCUCUGACUGUACUCGAUGUUUUCUGGUGCUGCUGUCCCUGCUAGUUAAUACCAGGGCUAGUGUCUCUUGCAGCAAAUUGUUAUUGCUGAAGGUUUUAAGUACUUGCCUCCACCUCCUGAGGUGCCUGCAAGCUGGCAGGAACUCCAACUCUGUUCUUAAGGUGUUACAUGCCAGUGAUGUUCUUGAGGCUGUCAUGACCUCCCAGCUUACAGCUUGCAAAUUCUUCACUGAUGUCCUGACUGGCCCUGAUUGGGCACAAUAUGUCCAGGAAGUCCAAGAGUUUUUGGAAAACUUUCUUCAGAUGAUUAUUGAAAGAAGACAAAGUGUGAAGCUCAACUUGGAAAAGUUCAUGUCUUUCCUGGUGAGCUGCAGACCAGACACAGGUGCAACCAAAAGCAUAGAUUGGAAAAACUGGAAUCCUGCAGCUGAGCAAUUGCUGCUCACAGCAUUCACCACACUCUGUCAUGUUGUCACACUGCACCUCCAGCAGCUGCCAGAAAAGAAGCUGCAUUCUGUGGAUGUGUUUUGUGCUCUGUUGGAACCAGUGGUUCUGCAGAUGGUCAGAACUGUUGAACAUGGGCUUCAGAGUAGCACCCCAAACCAGCCUUUGCCUGUGGCAUUCAUACCAUCUGUCACUACUCUCCUCAAAGCAGAUCUGAGCCAUCCUGUCAAGAAGGACUGGCAGAAGGAGCCCAGUGGGUUUUUGAAGCGGCCCCGUGUUAAGCUGUACCAAGAGUUUUACUCUCAGAUACUGAAAGAGCUGCCCUGUGCAGGGAGCAAUCUGCAGUUCCUUCAGCUUUCAUUGCAGUUCCUGACUGUCUUCUGCUCUGUGCCAGAGUUGUGUCCUGAAAAAGAAACUGCACUCAUGGUUGUUUUUGCUAUAAAAAAACUUCUCGCUGGUCCUGCAAUUACAACCCAGGUGAUCCGAAGUAUGGAGAUGGAGCUGACAGAGGUGCUGGUCCAGGUGCUGGGAAACUGCUCUGACGAGGAGUUCUACGCUAUAAUGAGGCUGGUGCUGCAGGGACUGGAAGUGAGGAAUAUUUGGCAGCAGAAGGCUAAAGAAGUAUUGUCAGCUGUUACUCUCACCAAAUUGUUGCUCAGCUGCCCAUUAAGUGGAGACAAAGGGAAAGCUUUCUGGUUUGCCAGCCCACAGAUAAUCACAGCUUUAGCUCUGCAAACCAAAGAGGCCUGUCAGGACCAGGCACUGAUUUCCAUCGUAGUUAUACCUGUUCUAGAGACUGUAGCAGCUCUGCUAAGGCGGGGAGAAGGGAUUCUUGUGAAUCCACAUCACGUUUCAUUGGCAUUCAGCAUUCUUCUAACAGUUCCUCUGGAUCAUCUGAAGACAGAAGAGUAUCAUGGUGUCUUCCUGGGGAUCCAUGAAGUGCUCUUCUCUAUUGUGCAGUGUCAUCCAAAGGUGCUGUUGAAAGCAGCACCAUCCUUUCUGAGCAGUUUCCAUCGUCUGGUUGUUUCUGUCAUGCAUGAGGGGCGUCAGAAAGGAGACAGAGGCAACAUGGAUGAGUUUGAAAUGAUACUGAAAUGUGCACACUUGGUGGAACGGAUGUAUACUUACAUUGCUGCAGAAAUGGAGGACUUCACUGUGUUUUCUGCCUUCAUUGUGGCUCACUAUGUGACUGAAUUGCAGAAGGUGACUUUGCAUCCAGCUGUGAAGACACAUCUCACAGAGGGAAUAUAUCACAUCCUUGACCUUUGCAUUGAACGGGACAUCAAGUUCUUAAAUGCAUCUCUCCCAGCAGGUGUGAGGCAGGUCUUCAAGGAUCUGUAUAAUGAUUACAACCACUACCACAAAGCAAAGAAGCAGGGGGAGGAAAAGUACACUGCGUGAUGAGUCCUGCCUGGCGCUGCAUGAUCAGUUAUGAAUUGAUCCUGCAGUGCUCAGAAGAUGCUGGAUUGCUGUUUGGCUUGGCAUAAAGACUAAGAUUGAACUUGAGGAGAGUCCUAAACAUGGGUUGCAAUUAUCCCUAUACAGCCAGCCUUCAUAAUGGGGAAGAAGGGAACUGGGGAGGGAGGGAGGAUGUGCUGUGGUGUUGGUUCUGGUCCUGCGUUGUGCCACAAAUGGCAGAACUGCUGUGCCUCUGCUGGCCCCUGGUGAACUCUGUGGGAGCCUUGGGGAGCUCACUGCAAUUUGGCAGCAGAUGUCAGGCUUCAGGCUUUGGCACGUCAUGGUGCUUUCCUGUGGAAGCAAUAGUCUGGUCUAAAAGCCAGUGAGGGAUAAAACCCCUGUUUUUGCUUACAUGGUAAGCACAAUUAAAGCAGUUAAAGUGCUUAAUUUUGUACCCUGUUAUUUUACAUUUUGUAACUGAAGAACUUUUUCAAUGUUACACAGCCGUAGAGUAGGUUACUGUGCAAACCUGCAGAAGUAAAAGUAAAAAAUUUGGAAGAUUGUAUCUCUUUGCUUGAUUGCUUUUGUUGUCCAGCCAUCCCUGGGCAGCCUGGUCUGACCUAUUGAAUUUCCUUCCCAACUGUAUUAUCCUCUGAUCUCGUGAUAAUCAAAAAGACUGACUACCUGGAGCUCUGUUCGAUUUACUGUCAUUAAGCAGUUACACUUAGUCAUCUGAGCUGUGGUCACUCUGCUUAGCUUGUGACAAAUGUUAAUUACCACUGUUACUAUCUGACACUCUUCUUGGUCUAAGCUGAGCCUUGUUGCUUUCUAUUCACUCCAGGUUGAGAGUAAGCCCUCGACUUCUUGCAUGUCAGCUCAGCUUCUGACAGAAAUCUUUAUCAAGUUUUAUCACAUAACUCUCUUUCAUUGGCUAAAUGACAGAAGUUAAUUUUUUUUUAAUGAUACAUACUGAGAUCUAAUUUUUAUGUGCAUGGUAAAACAGUCUUCACAUGUACAUGUAGGUAGUAGAACGAACUCAAUACUCAUACGAUUAUUUACUUUCAUCUAUAAAUAGGAUGUGGACAGAGGGAAACUGGAAUGUGGCUUAGCACCUUUCUGGGUCCAUCUGCCUUAUAGCAAGGUCCAAAGGAUGAAGUUUGUCUGAGCCAAAAGACUCCAUGUGGCUCAGAUGAGGGAGGUGACCAGGGCUUGCUAAACUUCAUCCUUUGGAUUGGGGAUGACCCUCCUCUCAUCCUGGAAAAGCAUCUUGAAGGGCUUUGGUACUGUGGAAGCGAUGUUCAGAAGUAAUUGUACUAUGUUAUUAACACUUUUCCAGUCCCCAAUGCAAACCACAGUGGCAUAUAAGCUGCCAUGCAGCAAGUUAACUCUGUGCAAGCUGGAUCCUGUGCACCACUGGGCCACUUCUGUAUUUUAUUUCGUGUGGGCCAGCAAUGGGAAGGGGAAUUACUUCUGCCCCAUCACGAAGUGGGGCAUAGGUGACAGAAGGGAGACAUCUAGGAGCUGGGGGCAUCCAAAGAGGGGGGGUCUCCAGGGUGGAGACCUUAAUACACUGGAAAUCGAAGGAAGGUUUUGAGCACUGGGAGAGGAUGUGGAAAGAACAGCAGAAAAGAAGAGAGCAGGGUUUGGAGUGGGGGAGGGAGGAAGGAAGUGAGGUAGCAUCUCUAGCGUGUGAGUGUCAGGGCUCCCCCGGUGCAGCCAUAUGGUGCAAGCCACACACACAGCUCAAACGCUUCUGAGUGCAGACCACAGCAAAUAACGCUAGCCAGAGGGGAUAAACUAGUUGAGUUGAGAUCAGUUUUGUUUCAUUAAUACUAACUUUUAAAUUGUUAACAAUUUUAACCUCUUGGUGUGGAAGUGAAAAUAUGUAACUUAGAUGUACAGGGGUGAUGGAAUUUACAAACCCCCACUAUCAAAAGGGCACAGUGCUUGAAUGAAUGAAAAUUUGAAAUCCUGCCACAAUUAAACCUUUAUUUCACACACCCCGUGCAACUGCCACUUAUCCCACAGCCCCCCUCCUUCUCCAUGCGAAGCAGUGGAGUUCUGAAGCACAAAGCAGCGUUUCUGUGUAGAAGUGGCAAAGGGGUUAAAAGGAAGGCUGUCUUUCACUUGCUAAUCUCAGGUCUUUGUCCAAGAACUGCUCCGGAUUUUUUUUUUUUAGCUAGAAUAAAUUAAAUCACUGGCAGAGGACCACCUGCUGAGAAAGCAGGCUUUGUGCUCCCGAGUGCAUUCCCACGUGGGUGCAGUUUCCUCUGUUGUCACACGAUGGGGCCAUCCUGCAAGGGUACAAAGCACCGUCUGAAAUCACUUUUGGAGCCCUUCCUCCCAGGCUGGGUUAGUUUACGGGCUCUGAGCAUCGGGAAGGUAAAGGGUGUGGAAGAAACACCGUCUCGGGUAAAGGCCAGGAAUCACAAUUUGCUUUGUGCAUGUGAAUCUCCAGGCCUUACAGGCUUCUGUAACACAUAUUCUUAGCCAGGUUUCCAAUUGUUGAUGUAGCACACCUUUUCUUGCUGCAGCAUGGACAGAAAUUCCUCCUGUAGGCAGAACUCGGAGGCUGGGAUCUCAGGGUCCUGCUGGCUGUGCCUCUGGCUCAGCCUGUGACUGUGUGCAGUGUUUUUCCUGGUGCAUGGGCAGUGCCCAAGUCUGCUGUGCCAAAACUGGCUCAAAUAACAAGAAACAGGAAAGGCAGGAACAGUCACAACCAACAAAAAUCAUGCUCGGUUUAUUUACCCCUUAUUUUUGUGUAGCUGCUGUGAAAAUCGCCUGAUUUUUCUCCUUGCCUGGUGGUGGGGCUUAAUGCUUGAUUUACCUUGAAAUUGUGGAUAGAAAUGUCAAAAAAGAUGAUGGUUUAAGAUGUUAGAAAUUGUUUUACUUAUUCAAAAAUUGUUUUUCCUGAUCAUAUCUUUUUGGAAGAGACUAUGUACUGAGUACUUUCCUUUAAGCUUGAAAUGAAUCAGUAGCUUCCUAUUUGUUUACUUGAUGCAGUUACGGAGCUUCUGGAUAACAGAAGGCUCCUUCCAAAGCCACCUUUGUGGGUUAAAGCAUAAUAAUAUGAAUAAAGGAGUGCUUUGA